ACACUCCACAUGGGGCUUACAGAGUUGUGCGAUCGCGGUUAGUGAGAUGAAUAAGGCUUAUCUGUACCAGAAAGCCAAUAGUCUUCAGCGUCGAGAUGCCAAGGAAGUGCUUGAGGAGUUUGGUCAUCUGAUUCAGUGGCGUGGAGAUGGACAGGAUACUGUCCUGGACGUGGGAUGUGGAAGUGGAGAUGUUCUUGUGGAUUAUCUCCUUCCAGUGCUCCCUGAAAACUACUCCCAUGUCGUUGGUGCUGAUAUUUCUGACCAGAUGGUGAGGUAUGCCAGGGAUACCUAUGGUCAUCUCAAACGUGUCUCCUUCACGACCCUGGAUAUUGGUGCUGAAAUCCCCACCGAAUCCCUCAAUGAGCAAUAUCAUCAUCUCACAUCUUUCUACUGCCUCCACUGGGUUCAGAAUCAGAAAGCUGCUGUCCAGAACAUCUACAAUCUCCUCUUACCUGGAGGAGACUGUCUCCUGACCUUCCUGGCCAAUAUGCCCAUAUUUGAGAUCUACGAGAACAUGUCCAAGAGCAAAAAAUGGGCUCCUUACAUGACAGACGUUCACAAAUUCAUCUCUCCCUACCAGCAUUCCGAGAAGCCUGCCGAAGAGUUCUGGGACUUGAUGUAUUCGGCAGGAUUCACAGAGAUCCGGAUAGAACUUAAAGAGAAUUUCUUUGCCUACGAAGGAAUAGACAUCCUCAAAAAGUCCGUCAAGGCUAUAAAUCCUUUUCUGGAGAGACUACCUGCGUCAAAGCACGAGAAUGACUAUGAGAAUGAUUUUCUCAACGAUUACCUCUCCUGGGUCACCAGGAUGAGCCUUUUCGACGAGAAAUCCCGGAUCAUCACACCGUACAAAUUAAUAGUGGCUUAUGGAAGGAAAUAAAGUGACUUUUACUGCACAGAAUUCUAAUACAAUAACGCAAUUUCAAUGAAAAUGCUAAAUAAAUAUUUUUUUACACUGG